CAAUUUUUCUUGCGUCCUUUCAAUUCUUUUUGCCACCCAUGUCCGCCGCUGCAGCCGCCGCCGCCGGUGCCACGGCUGCAACCACCCAUCAAUCUCAUCACGACAACCACUUUCGCUCUUUUGCCGAAACCCCAUAUCAGAAUCACUUUUCUUUGGCCCCUAAAACCCUACCAAAACCCUACAAACACCUCUUCUCUAACACCCGCAAGAUUGCUGUAACGGCAGCCUCUUCAAAAAAUCCCUUAAAAGACGUCGUUUUGGAUGGCCAUUCUUUCGGUUCUUACUUCGACGACGACGACAAACCCCGAGAAGAGUGUGGCGUUGUUGGCAUCUAUGGUGAUCCAGAAGCCUCUCGGCUAUGUUAUUUAGCUCUUCACUCACUUCAACACCGUGGCCAAGAAGGCGCUGGCAUUGUUGCGGUCCAUGAAAACGUGCUUCAAACCAUUACAGGUGUUGGAUUGGUGGCUGAUGUUUUCAGCGAGUCAAAUCUCAGUCAACUGCCCGGUGACAUGGCAAUAGGUCACGUAAGGUACUCCACAGCUGGUUUUUCAAUGCUAGAGAAUGUUCAGCCUUUCGUUGCAAGUUAUAAAUUUGGAUCAGUUGGUGUUGCCCACAAUGGCAAUUUUGUGAAUUACCUAGCUCUUCGUGCUGAACUUGAGGAAGACGGGGCAAUUUUCAAGACUAGUUCUGAUACUGAGGUGGUUCUUCACCUUAUUGCUAAAUCAAAGAAAAAACCUUUUCUUUUGAGGAUUCUUGAGGCUUGUGAAAAAUUACAAGGAGCUUAUUCUAUGGUCUUUGCUACUCAGGAUAAGUUGGUUGCUGUGAGGGAUCCUUACGGGUUUAGGCCAUUAGUUAUGGGUGAGAGGGAAAAUGGUGCUAUAGUUUUCGCGUCCGAGACAUGUGCAUUGGAUUUAAUUGAGGCUAAAUAUGAAAGGGAAGUUUUACCUGGUGAAAUAUUGGUAGUAGAUAAAGAUCAAGGGGUUCAAUCUUUUUCAUUGGUGCCUAAACCUGAGCCAAAAUCUUGCAUCUUUGAGCAUAUUUACUUUGCUCAACCUAAUUCUGUUGUGUUUGGUAGGUCUGUGUAUGAGUCAAGAUGUGCAUUUGGGGAAAUUCUUGCGACAGUAGCACCCGUGGAUUGUGAUGUUGUGAUUGCUGUACCUGAUUCAGGCGUUGUAUCUGCACUUGGUUAUGCUAAAAAAGCAGGUGUACCAUUUCAACAAGGUUUAAUAAGGUCACAUUAUGUUGGUAGGACAUUUAUCGAGCCAUCACAAAAAAUUAGAGAUUUCGGGGUCAAGCUUAAGCUUUCGCCUGUUAGGGCUGUAUUGGAAGGGAAAAGAGUCGUAGUUGUGGACGAUUCGAUAGUGAGAGGGACGACGUCGUCUAAGAUUGUGAGGUUGUUAAAGGAGGCAGGAGCAAAAGAAGUUCAUAUGAGAAUUGCUAGCCCUCCAAUUAUAGCUUCUUGUUAUUAUGGAGUGGACACUCCUAAUUCAGAAGAGUUGAUAUCUAAUAGGAUGAAUGUGGAGGAAAUUAGGAAGUUUAUAGGGUCAGAUUCCUUAGCAUUUUUGCCAUUGGAUAAUUUGAACAAGUUGUUAGGAAGUGAUUCUACAAAAUAUUGUUAUGCUUGCUUUUCUGGGAAGUAUCCUGUCCAGCCAAAGGGCAAUGUGGAAAAGGUUGAAGACUCUGUUGACAAUGGAUUAAGUGGAAAUAUUGAGGCAUGACUUGAUUUUGCCUAAUAACACAUAUUAGGAAGAGUUAAAGAGCAAAGAUAUCCAACAUGAAAAGGGGAGAGGCAACGAUUUUUCUUUUCUUUUUGAAAUUUUUAUGGUGUUGUCUUCUUCACUAAAUUUUCUAUAUUUAUCAAUAGUUCAAUGAGUUAAGGAUAUGUUUGGAUGUCACAGAAAAGAAUCAAUA